AUGGCUGGCGUCGACGCUGUUUGGAAUAUUCCUCUGGUAGAGGCUGAUCCGAAAUUACCUCCCUUGCCAGCUGGAGUCGACCCGCAUGACAGUCAAGCAACCAAAGCCAACGCUGUUUGCGUGACCCUGGUGGUGAUCACAGCGAUUGUGGUUGCGAUCCGAUUCUUCGUGCUGCUGCGCAUACAAAGGAAGCGGCCUUUUCUUGACGACUGGCUGAUGCUAUUUUGCUUGGUGAGCUUUUUUUGCGAUCGCCUUGACCAGCGUGGAUCUGGUCCCUUUGACUGUACUUACCGCAAUAGGCUAUUAUGGUGGUAUACACUAUGGCCUUGGGAUGCAUAUCUGGGGCCAAUAUCUUGGGCCCUUAGUUGUGCAAGAGAAGUCUACGUGUUCCAGCUGUUUAUGAUCAAGGUGUCAGUCUUGAUGUUCUACCGUCGCAUCCUCGGCAUGAGCUGGAUGAUUACAGCCAAUGUUAUCCUCACCGUAGCCUAUGCUGUUGGCAGCCUCAUUGCGAUCUUAGUCGCGCCGGUCCCGAUCCACUACUAUUGGUCGCAAUAUAUGGACCCGACCGGAGGUUAUUAUAGAUACAACUUCUACUACUUUUGGCUGGGGAACGGGAUUGCAAAUGUGAUUUCAGACACGCUCAUCUUUCUGGUACCGAUCCCAGUCGUGUGGAGGCAAAAUCUUCGUCUCAGACAAAAGCUCAUUGUCUCUUGUCUUCUUGGACUAGGAGUCUGUGUUAUCGUCUCCAGUGGCGUCCGACUCCACUACCUGACUACCCUCAAAAAGAAUCCAGAUAUCACCUACGUCAUGGGAGACAUCUUUAUCUGGUCGGAGGUCGAGCCAUGUCUCGGGAUAAUCUGCGCCUGUUUCCCAGCGCUUCAGCCCUUUGUCAGAUUCCUUCUCAAAAUUGAGUACAGGGCAUAUAUCGGCAGCAAGUUCAGUUUUGCUUCGGAAAGUCUUGCGAGCGUUCCGCGUAUGCGAGAACUCAAACGUACCGAUAGUCCUGCUGGCGGCGUGGGAUUCGACUCUCGGCCCGACUUUUACCUCGGGCCGAUGUUUAUUCGAGUACAACACGAUGUUGAGUUAACCAUCACAGAGGGCGAUGCAUUUUGA